CGCGGCGGUGGAAGGCGGCGGCGGCGGCGGCGGAGGCGGAGGCGAGAUCGGGGCACGCGAGAGGAGUCGGAGGGGAGGCGCUAGCGCCGUUAAUGGAGGGCCCGGAUCCGGGGGGAGAAGGGGAAUGGGAGGGGAGGAGGGAGGGGUGGGGACGGUGGGUCAGGGGCCAGCUCUCUAGGGCCCCCUCCGUCUCCGUCUCCGGCGCCGGCGCCGGGGCGCGCCGCCACUCCGACCUCCGCCUCCUUCUCGGGGUCAUGUCGGCGCCGCUCGCCCCCAUCCACGUGUGCGCCGCGGAUCCUCUGCCGCAUCUCAGUGUAAAGGAUACCCCCAUUGAAACCUCGUCGGCUCAUUACAUACUGCAGCAGUACAUAGCUGCAUCCGGCGGUUUUAAGCUUCUGAGCUCCGUUCGAAAUGCUUAUGCCAUGGGUAAACUGAAAAUGGUGGCCACCGAAUUUGAGACCGGCACCAAAGUCAUCAAGAACCGAAGUGCACCGAAGUCCGCUGAAUCUGGCGGAUUUGUUCUGUGGCAGAUGGCCCCUGAAAUGUGGUAUGUCGAGCUUGCUGUCGGGGGCACGAAGGUGCACGCCGGAUGCAACGGCAGGAUUGUAUGGCGGCAUACUCCAUGGCUCGGGGCCCAUGCAACCAAGGGCCCCGCCCGACCUCUUCGUCGGGCUCUUCAGGGCCUUGAUCCAUUGACAACAGCAAGCAUGUUUGCGGACGCCCGCUGCAUUGGAGAGAAGAAGGUUGAUGGAGAGGAUUGCUUCAUCCUUAAGCUCUCUGCCGAUCCACGGACACUCAAGGCGCGGAGUGAAGGCCCAGCUGAGAUUAUAAGGCAUGUCCUUUUUGGCUACUUCAGUCAGAAAACCGGGCUUCUCAUCCAUUUAGAAGACUCCCAUCUAACCCGAAUGCAGUCUAAUACUGGUGGAGAUACUGUGUAUUGGGAAACGACCAUCAAUUCCUUCAUAGAGGACUACCGUCCGAUUGAGGGCAUGAUGAUUGCCCAUGCAGGUCGAUCAGCUGUGACGCUUUUCCGAUUUGGGGAAGUCGCGAUGAGCCACACGAAGACUAGGAUGGAGGAGGCAUGGGCCAUUGAGGAGGCAGCUUUUAAUGUGCCAGGACUCUCCUUGGAUUGCUUUAUUCCUCCUGCUGAUUUAAAUUGCGAGUCGGUUAGUGAAGAAGCCCUUGAGGUAACUCAAGAGGAGAGGGGAAUGGCCAGCGUGGUUAAUAGUCGUCAGGCUAAGGUUGCGGCAUUUGAGAAUUUGAAUGAUAGUAGUGGUGAUGAUAAUAUUGCGUGGAGAGUAGAAGUCUAGUGCUAGGAUCCGGGGUUGAAUUUGAGUGUUUAUAGUGUUAGUUCCUUCUUUAGUUGACUGAUUAACUAACCAUGAAUUGUAGGUUAGACUAAGCUGAUUCUGGAGGAUUUGGAGAUUUAAUAUUCGAGCUAUCCUUUGUAAAUAGGCAAGUAAUCCUUCGCAGGUCUCUCAUCUUGCAGGCCUUGGGCAAACCCUAAAUUACUCUUUAUGCAGAGGUCUUGCUUUCGGUACCCAAAGGAAAAGAUCUACAGUGGUGUCGAUGCUUCGUUUUUCUCUCUUGCCGGUGGCAGAAAAGAAAUUUACUGCCAUCAUUGAUUGUUUUCGAUGCUUUUUGAGAUAAAAUUUGUAUGUUUUGCUGCUUGUUUUUGUGUCAUAUUUGUUCCUAGGUGUAGGAAGAUAAACCAUAAUUGGUUUUGAUUUGUUAGUGUGGUUCUCAAGUUAAUCUUUGGCUUAAGAAUUGUAGACAAGAAGUUGAUGUAAGCCGCCAAACCUCUAUUAUUCUAGCAAGAUAUUGAAUGAUUGGAUAAUUUAAUCUUCUUUUGUUGUAUGUUAAAUUGACUUGUUGAGAA